AUGAAUAGGAUAGUGGAUACUAGCAUUAGCCAUUUCCUUUUCNUGGACUUCGAGUUCGGGGGCGGCGUCUACGUGAGGAUCCACUCCGAGAUCUGCAGAGAGACCAACUGCAACACGGGGGAGAUAAAGGAACGUUCCAAAAUCAGCACCGUGCCCAACGGAGGACAGUGCCCGUCGUGCUUUGCCCCAGGAUCCCACCGCUGCCUCCACAACGUCACCCUGCACUGCCAGGGGGCCGCCAGCCAGUGCGUUGACGUCGCCGGGACGCUGUCAGAGAAUGGCAUCGACCUCAAAAUCCCUUUCGCAGCCAGAGGAUGCGCCACCAAGGAUGUGGCCAAGAUCAAAGCCGGAGACGUCCUGUUGUCGGGCGUAUUCAACUAUCAAAUCACGGCCAUCCAGUUACGCCCGGCCACCCGACUGGAGACCGUGGACGGCUUCUGACACCCUGCUGAGUUCCAUCCCACUGGCACGCCCCUGCUUUGAGCUAUUCCCUCCUGCCCCCCAGGCCUGCCUGGGGCUGGCCCCCCCAGUUGUGACUCAGUUUCACACACACGCAGGAGCGCCGCCAGCUUUUCUGCCGCCCUAUGUGGCAGAAGGUCCCACCACCGAAAUACCGCCGCGGUCGCCGCCCCCCAAAUUGUAGCGCUCUAGGCGACCGCCUAGGUCACCUAAUGGGUUGCGCCGGCCCUGCGCACACACACACACACACACACACACAGUGCCAAGACACCUUCGUAAAGCGCUUUGAGACCCAUUGGUGCAGGGCCCAAGCCAGAGACCCAUUAUGGGAUUUGCACUGAGCGCGACGGGCUUAAAAACAGGCCUGAGUAUUAGAGACCCAUUAGCAGCUUCUCCCCAGAGAGUGCUCCGAGGGGUAGAACCCAGGAGUCCUGGCUCCCAGACCCCACUGCUCUAACCCACCAGCCCCCACUCCCCUCCCAGAGCUGGGGAGAGAACCCAGGAGUCCUGGCUCCCAGCCCCCCUGCUAUAACCACUAGUCGCCACUCCCCUCCCAGAGCCAGAGAGAGAACCCAGGAGUCCUGGCUCCCAGCCCCCCUGCUCUAACCCCUAGUCCCCACUCCCUCCCAGAUCCAAGAACAGAACCCAGGCAUCCUGCCACCCCUCCACCCUCUGUUCUCACCUUUUGUAUUUCCACACGCUAAUGCAUUGAAUAAAGCUGCAUCAUAAAUCCAAA